CCCCGGCUCGGACUCCGAUAAGCUCGGGAUUCGACAGCCCCUGCCUGGGCCGGCUGGCGUGGGCCCGGCAGCCCCACUCCGCGCGGCCCUCCUGCCCCCGACCCGGCGGGGUGUCUCUCACCUGGCUCUCCUCGGGUGCUUGGGGCCACGGGGGUGCGGGAGUUUCUGCGGUGCGGGGAGUUUUUUGUUUGUUUUAGGGGUGCUUCCCCUCCCCCAGCGCGCGUUCUCCUUUGGGCAUUACUGACCGUCAAGCCCGCUGGCCUUUGGGAAACAUUCCUGAGGCUUUUGCCAUUUCCUGACACUUCCCACCCCUCUCCUGUCAGUCGUUGCCUCCCUGCGAUGCUGCCUCUACCCCAGAACCUGAUGGGCCGGCUCCCUGGUGGGCUAAGCUCUUUAUUUCUAUGCAGAUAGAGGGUCCCCCGUCUCAUUUCCAAAUGUCCACACCUGUUGCUAACCCCGUCUCAGGAUUCUGGAGACUUCUCCAGCUGACCCAUCCCUGGAGAUGAAGCUGACUUGGUGUUUGUGUGUGUCUGUGUCUAUCCUGGAGGUGUGUAUGUGUAUGUACAUGAAGCUGACCUGGGAUGUGCAUGUAUUGAGUGUAUAGAUAUGGCUGUCUCGGGGGUGUGUAUAUGUGUGUGUAGAUGAGGCUGACCUGGCGUGUGCAUGUAGCUGUCUUGGGGAAAGGGGGGUGUGUAUGCUGAGAUGGGGUCAAGGGCAGAGUCCUGGAGGAGGAGCAAGUUCCUUGGAAGAGGUGACACAACUCUCCUGGGAGGGGCAGUAAGGAGAGGUGGAAGUGGUCAGACACAAGCUAACUUAUGUGCUGGUGGUGGUGACCACAGUGAUCAUGUGAUUUCUUGCAUCUUUUUUUCCCAUCUGGAGUAAAUCUGAAGAGAGUUUAAUUCUUGGGGUGGGGGUGGGGGUGUCUGCAGAGCUCAUGUGUCCUUGAUCACUUUUCUCUUUUCCUCCAUGGCUCUCUCAAGUAGAACCAUAGCAGGAUGCUGUGGGUGAGAGGCGUGGGUUGGGACUGUCCUGUGUCCAGUCUCGACCCAUCUUCCAUUUUCUCUUUCUUCUGCCCUUGGCUUGAGUUUUGCCCUCUGUUGCUCCAUGCUCUGUAUUCACACCCACCUGUUCCACCGUGUCUCUCCCACCUUGGAAACAGGAGGGCUGUGCACAGACCUGGCAGGUAUAGCAUGGCCUCAGUUUUAACCACUUGGCUCCCUGUUUCUACCCUUGCUUGCGUCACUAGGCCUGGGGAAGUGGGAGCGGGGUAGAUGAAUGCUUGGCUGUGGCUGCUUCUCGUUGGCAUGGUAGGUCCAUGCCCAGAGCAAGACUCUGCCAGCCAGUGUUUGGUCCAGCCCCUCCCUGGUAGUGCCCAUGUGCCGCCCAGGCUGGCCCCUGUCCACCCGUACCACUUCCUUCUGACUGCAUAUCUUCAGCCCCUGUCCACAGCUGGUGUAGCAGACUGCUAAUGGCCCAGUUCCCUGGGGCCCCCACCCCACUGUGUGGAAGUGGGGGGUGGAGGAGUCUGAGUGUUCUGCAGGACAGGAAGUGAAACGCGGGACUCAGGGAUCCCUCCCUUUUCCAGCCCCCGCUGCUGGCUUCCUCCCUCAUUCCUCCUACCCUCCCUCUCUUCCUGCUCCCUCUGGCCAGCCCUUGCCCUGCUUGAAUCGAUCUGGACCUUCUCUUAUCUCGCUCCUUUCCUUCCUACUCCUCCCGGCUGCCCUCCCUUCCCACUGUGCUUCUUCCCAGAUUCCUGGUGGCUCGUUUGGGGCUGGUCCCCUCGCCCCUCCUGCCCAGGGUUCCCCUCCUGGUGAUGGGGCCAGGGGUGGGGGCUCAGCCUCUCCGAGCCUGUGAGUCAGCACUGUCCCCGCGAUUGGGCCAUCCGCUUCGUGCCCCGCCCUGGGGCGGAGCCAGGCGGCUCCUGGUCCUGCCCGUUCUUCACUGGCCUGAGAAGAGGCUCCAGGCUGGGCUGGGCUGGGCUGGGGCCUGGAGCUAUGGGGGUCUGAGCCGGGGGAGUGGGAGCCGCCUGUUCCCUUUCCUUCCCCAGGGCCCCCGCAGGUCCCUGGGCCAUGGCGGCCAGCUCGGGCUAAAGGACUGGGGAUGCCCCCUGCCUGGCCCCCUUGCCCCCUGACUGGCAGGGGGGCCGGGCCGGGCAGCAGCCUCCCUCUCCAGCCAUGGAUCUCCUGCCCCCCAAGCCCAAGUACAAUCCACUUCGGAAUGAGUCUCUGUCGUCUCUGGAGGAGGGUGCCUCGGGAUCCACCCCGCCGGAGGAGCUGCCGUCCCCCUCUGCCUCCUCCCUGGGACCCAUCCUGCCGCCGCUGCCGGGGGAUGAGAGUCCCACCACCCUGUGCUCCUUCUUCCCCCGGAUGAGCCACUUGAAGCUGGCCAACCCAGCUGGGGGGCGUCUGGGCCCGAAGGAGGGGUCCGCACGGGCGACCGAGGAUGGGGAGGUGCCCGGGGGCGCAGCCCCUCGGGACUCAGGCCCCCUGCCCCUCCUCCAGGACAUGAACAAGCUGAGUGGCGGCGGCGGGCGCCGGACUCGGGUGGAAGGGGGCCAACUGGGGGGCGAGGAGUGGACCCGGCACGGGAGCUUUGUCAAUAAGCCCACGCGGGGCUGGCUGCACCCCAACGACAAAGUCAUGGGACCUGGGGUUUCCUACUUGGUCCGGUACAUGGGCUGUGUGGAGGUCCUGCAGUCAAUGCGUGCCUUGGAUUUCAACACUCGCACCCAGGUCACCAGGGAGGCCAUCAGUCUGGUGUGUGAAGCAGUGCCGGGUGCCAAGGGGGCUACGAGGAGGAGAAAGCCAUGUGGCCGCCCGCUCAGCUCCAUCCUGGGCAGGAGUAACCUGAAGUUUGCCGGGAUGCCCAUCACACUCACCGUCUCCACCAGCAGUCUCAACCUCAUGGCCGCAGACUGCAAGCAGAUCAUCGCCAACCAUCACAUGCAGUCUAUCUCAUUUGCGUCCGGUGGGGACCCGGACACGGCCGAGUAUGUUGCCUAUGUUGCCAAAGACCCAGUCAAUCAGAGAGCCUGCCACAUCCUGGAGUGUCCUGAAGGGCUCGCUCAGGAUGUCAUCAGCACCAUUGGCCAGGCCUUUGAGCUGCGCUUCAAACAAUACCUCAGGAACCCGCCCAAGCUGGUUACCCCCCACGACAGGAUGGCCGGCUUUGACGGCUCAGCGUGGGAUGAGGAGGAGGAAGAGCCCCCUGACCAUCAGUACUACAAUGACUUCCCAGGAAAGGAACCCCCUCUCGGGGGGGUGGUGGACAUGAGGCUUCGAGAUGGGGCCCCCCCAGGCCCGGCUCGGCCCCCUCCACCCAGUGCCCAGCCUCCCAGCCAUCUGGGUGCAACAUUGCCAGUGGGACAGCCAGCUGGGGGAGACCCAGAAGUUCGCAAACAGAUGCCACCGCCACCACCGUGCCCAGGCCGAGAGCUUUUUGAUGACCCCUCCUAUGUCAAUGUCCAGAACCUGGACAAGGCCCGGCAAGCAGGGGGUGGGGCUGGCCCCCCUCCUGCUGUCAAUGGCAACACACCUCGAGACCUCUUUGACAUGAAGCCUUUUGAAGAUGCCCUGCGGGGGCCCCCAGCAGCUCCAGCAGUGGCGGCAGCAGCAGUGGCUGCGGCGGCUAUGGCCGAGCAGCUCCGAGGAGAGCCCUGGUUCCAUGGGAAACUGAGCCGGCGGGAAGCCGAGGCCAUGCUGCAGCUCAAUGGGGACUUCCUGGUGCGGGAGAGCACGACCACAGCUGGCCAGUAUGUGCUCACCGGUUUGCAGAGUGGGCAGCCCAAACACCUGCUCCUGGUGGACCCUGAGGGUGUGGUUCGGACUAAGGAUCACCGCUUUGAGAGUGUCAGUCACUUGAUCAGCUACCACAUGGACAACCACUUGCCCAUCAUAUCUGCAGGCAGCGAACUGUGUCUCCAGCAGCCUGUGGAGCGGAAACUGUGACCUCGACGGCGGGAUGCCCUGAAGCUCCUCCAGCCAUCCUCGGCCUCUCGGCUCCUUGGGGAGUGCUCUGUGGGCUGGGCCUUGUGGAGGAGAUGGGAGAGCAGGGGCUCUGGGUUCAGCCUUCUCUUGAGUGAGAGGGUUUGAGUCAGGAGCCUGGGGUAGAAGCCCACUUCUCCCCAAUUUUCACCAAAGUAUUAAUAUACAGAGCGGCCCCCUUGCCUGUGCCAAUCUGAUCCCCCUUCCCCCAGAAGGUGGGCACGUGAGACCAGGGCAGUGUGCCCCUGGUACUGGGACACGCUCUCGGUGACAGGUCCGCUGGAGCAGUCUCUCUUCCAGGGAUGGGGAAUGAGUCACACCACCUCUCCACCCGGGCUCAGGGUAACCCAGACCUCUCUCAGCAACCCUUCCACCUAGUGUUUUUCAACUUUGUGCCUUUGACCAUCUCCUAGGUCUGAAGAUACUUUAUGCAAAGAGGUCUUGGGCCCUCGAGGUCAAGGACAGGGGCGAUGACACGUUGGCUUCAGGGUCCCUGUCCUCUCCUUGCUCAGCAUCCUCUCCAGUUUAGGUUGGGAGGGCAGACCGGGAGUGGCCACUGUCCCCUCUCCCAGGGGACAUGCAACCCUCAGUGAUUGCCUCAGAGCCCACCUCCCACUGGGGGAGAUGGACCCCCUCGGUGUUCAGUGCCUCCUGGUAGAGGCCCCAUGCCUAAGGGCUCAGUCUGUGGCCUGUGAGCCCCCCUCCGUGUUGCAUGCGUGUAUUCUCUGCAGCCAAAAUGUAGCCAUUCCUCCCUGAACCACCCAUCUCCCCUGAUGGAGGGGUCUAGGGAGGGGAGGUGGUUUUGGGGCCUCCUAAACUCUCCCAGGUGGGUUUUUUGGAGAUGGGAACUGGCCUUCAGACUUUAAAAGCAGUAGACAAUCCCCUAGUACCAUCUGUAGAUUUGGAACUGCAUUUAUUUUUUAUUUUAUAUGCGUAUAUUUUGGGGUUGUAGUUCUUUUCGAAUUUGUUUUCCAUGGCUUAUUCUUGAGCACACACAAAAAUGCCCAAGAUGAUAUAUCAGUUGCAUUUAUACAACACCUCUUUGAUUUUUCAAAAGCCCCUCUAUAGCUGUUGAUCUUUUCUGUACCUCAGCCUGAGGGCUGCAUUACCCUUUUCUACAAGAGACACCUGAGGUCCAAAGAAGCAGAUGAACUAGGCAGGAGACCUUGGGCCCCUGGCAUGGCUGGAAGCUGAGAUUUGGCUGGAUGAAUGUUAGUCUCGCUCGGGGACAUUAAAACCCUGAAGUUUCAGAGGACAGUGUAUAGUAGCUCCCAGUGUUGCCCCCAGAGAAGGCUGGAAGGUGGGGAGGGGGCGGUGCCUUCACCUGGUUCUGGUUUAGGCCUUGUGGACAAGGGAGAAUUGUCUCGGUCCUCGCCUACUUUUUUUGUUUUUGUUUUGUUUCCACGUUUUCACGGGUCUUAUGAUACCAAAGGGAAAUAAUCUUCAUUAAAAUCCGUAUUUCUUCUA